AUGGAGAUAAGCAACAAGAUGCAAUUUCAUGGCGAGAAGAUGAAUGAUGUCACAAUCAUUGGAAGGAUACUGUGUUCCUUGACACCGAAAUAUGAUUACGUUGUUUGUUCUAUUGAAGAGUCAAAAGACAUAGAUGCUUUGUCUCUGGAUGAAUUGCAAAUAUCUUUGGGUAGCGGUAGAGGUAGAGGAAGAAGGAGAGGAGACCGAGAAAACAAAGAUGGCAGCAGGAAUUUUAGAGCGAAUGAUGACUACAACAAAGGUAGAGUAAGAGAUUUUUUGACAAAUCCAAGGCUGCCUAAUGAGAAAGAAGAAAAGUCAAAUUUUGCUGAGAACAUGGAAGGAGAAACCUUAUUAAUGGCAGUUCAUGCGAAAAGCGAGCCCGAGGAGCAAAUUACGAAAAGCGAGCCCGAGGAGCAAAUUAUUUGGUAUGUGGAUACCGGUCGCAGUAACCACAUGACUGGUAGUAAGUAUUCUUUCACUGAUUUAAAUGAAAACUUCCGAUCGACAGUUAGUUUUGGUGAUCUCUCAACAGUAAAUGUGAUGGAAAAGGCUGAUAUCAAUUUUAAAACAAAAAAUGGGUGUGUGGAAACCAUAACUAAUGUGUUCUAA